CCCCCCCCCCCCCCCCCCCCCCCCCCCCCCCCCCCCCCCCCCCCCCCCCCCCCCCCCCCCCCCCCCCCCCCCCCCCCCCCCCCCCCCCCCCCCCCCCCCCCCCCCCCCCCCCCCCCCCCCCCCCCCCCCCCCCCCCCCCCCCCCCCCCCCCCCCCCCCCCCCCCCCCCCCCCCCCCCCCCCCCCCCCCCCCCCCCCCCCCCCCCCCCCCCCCCCCCCCCCCCCCCCCCCCCCCCCCCCCCCCCCCCCCCCCCCCCCCCCCCCCCCCCCCCCCCCCCCCCCCCCCCCCCCCCCCCCCCCCCCCCCCCCCCCCCCCCCCCCCCCCCCCCCCCCCCCCCCCCCCCCCCCCCCCCCCCCCCCCCCCCCCCCCCCCCCCCCCCCCCCCCCCCCCCCCCCCCCCCCCCCCCCCCCCCCCCCCCCCCCCCCCCCCCCCCCCCCCCCCCCCCCCCCCCCCCCCCCCCCCCCGACCACCCUGA